AUGUCCCGGUAUCCCGGUUUCCCGGUGUCCCGGUUUCCCAAUUUCCCGGUUUCCCGGUUUCCCGUUUCCCGGUUUCCCGGUUUCCCGGCCUUCAUACACAGCAGCGGCAUGGUGCACGGGGACGUGUGCUUCGACAACCUGCUGCUUAUUCCAUUUACCACCUAUUCACCCCUAGCCCCACGUACAAACCCUUCCUUCCUCCUCCUAUCCCCCCUUCAGUGUGGCCUACAUCCACAGCAGCGGCGUGGUGCACGGGGACGUGUGCCCGGACAACCUGCUCCUCAUGCCCUUUCCCUUGUUCACCCGGACCCCCACACCAACAACCACAACCCCAACCCCUUUCCCCUCCCCAGUCUGGCCUACAUCCACAGCAGCGGCGUGGUGCACGGGGACGUGUGCCCCGACAAUCUCCUCCUCACGGAUCGCAGGCGCCUCAAGAUCGCCGGCUUUGGCGUCGCCCGCUUCGAGGCCGACUGCCAGGCUCGUGGGCGUGCAGGCGCUCAGUGCGCGGACAGCUGCGGAACUGCUCAAGAAGCAACUGGGGUCGCUGGGAGCGAGGCAGGGGCAGGGGCAGGGGCGGGGGCGGGGAGAAGGGCGGGUGUGGAUGAAGCUGCACAGCAGAAAAGUGAGGUGCGGGCAGUGGAGGUAUUGAGGGAGCCGCAGGGUGUGGUUCGAGAUGGGGAAGCGGAGGAGAGGCGUGGGGUAGGGCUGGAUGUGGAGGUCGGCGGGAGAGGAGAGGUGGGAGAUGCAAGAGGAGGGGCAGAGGAGGGUGUGCCGGUUGGGGAUGGGGAAGGAGGGGAGGCAGUCACGGCGCAGCAGGGGGACGGGUGGUUGCCUCAUGACGCCAGUGGGGAGACGGGUUCAGUGGGAUACAUGGCUCCUGAGGUGCUAGCUGGGCUGCCAUACGACCGCCGUGCUGACGUGUACAGCUUUGGCAUCUGCCUGUGGGAGCUGCUGACCUGCGAGACUCCGUUUGACUCGUUUGACUUCAGCGAAAUGGCCUCGGCAAUCAGUGAGGGCGUGCGCCCCAUCCUGCCACACAAGUGCCCUCCUGACAUCGCACGAGUCAUGCGCUGCUGCUGGGAGGGCUCCUCUGCUAUGCGCCCCUCCAUGCCGCAAGUCAUUGCCAUGCUUGAGAGGGUUAAUGUGUUCAGCGGGAAAGAGAUUCCAGUGCACAACAUCUGA